CCUAAUGAAUGAAGUUGUGCACACGUCGCCUACAAUUGGGAGCAAUGUGGAAGAAAUCAUCCAGCACAAGACACAUUUCCUCAUGUGGGACAUCGGUGGUCAGGAAAAUCUGCGGUCUACUUGGAACACCUACUAUUCCAACACCGAGUUUGUCAUCCUUGUGAUCGAUAGCACAGAUCGUGAGAGGUUGACAGUGACAAAAGAGGAACUGUACAAGAUAUUAGCUCACGAGGAUCUGCGUAAUGCAGCUGUGUUGAUAUUUGCCAACAAGCAAGAUAUAAAAAAUUCCAUGUCUACCUCUGAAAUUUCUAAGUUCCUCACCCUGAGCUCCAUCAGAGACCACCCAUGGCAUAUUCAAGGUUGCUGUGCACUCACAGGAGAGGGCCUUCCUGCUGGUUUGGAAUGGAUGAUAUCUCAAGUUGCUGCCAAGUAAUCAGCCAGAACUACUUUGGGACUGGGGGGAAACAAACCAACCCUUAUAUUUAUUUCCACUUUGCAAAACUCUCAGGAUCUGUUAGACUUUGGAUGGGUUUUUCCCCUUCAUGAAAGGCAUCAGUGUUUUAUUAAAAUACUUUCUUAGGAGAUGUCAUAUUAUAGGAGGAGUUGCAUUCAUCCUGUGGAGAGAUUCUUCCUGGACUUCGGAUCUAAGCGUGUCACAUUGGAAAAUCUGUUUACAUCACACCACUAUGUGGCUUUGAUUUUAUAUCUUUCCAAUCAGAAUGGGAGACUGUAUUGAGAAGUGUUAAGUCCUAUGAACCAAAAAAAGAUUAUGGAAUGCUGUUGAGUGAAAAAGACAGCAUUGCUUUUCCUUUCCCCGGCACUAAAAUGUUUUGCAUUAUCAUUAUGAAAACAACAAAGAGGGUGGAAUGUUAUUUUGUCAAAUGUUAUUUCAUGGAUUUAACUCUGCCUUGUGAGAUUCCUGGACUGCUUUCCAGAUGAAGAAGUAGCCAAGGAAAUUUUGAAACAGAUGUCCUCAUUUCUUCAUCUUCUCCUAAGAUUGCUGUCAUUUCCUCUGUCCUAUAGGUAAUUCUUGACUUAUGACCAUUCCUUCAAAAUCACUUGAUUUUUGGGGGAGCGCUUGCAGUGUUCUAUUGGUCACGUGACUGCAAUUUUUUUUUUUGCUGUUUUUCUGAUUUUUGCUGGUUUCUGGCAAAAAGUGGCCAUGUGAGUGAAUAGAUUUGCUUAACUGCAGGGUUCCCUGAACAACUAUAUGAUUCACUUAACGAUUGCAAUGAUUUGCUUUACAAUCGCAAAAUUGACUGGUCAUGUGCAUUACUUUAUGACCACAGUUGCUUAUGACUGAAAUUCUAGAGUCCAUUGUGGUCAUAUGUCAAGGAUUACCUAUACAUCCAAUAAAUAAUUUGAAUGUUGUAUUGUUGUUUUAGAAUUUUCCAAGUCUCCCUUUUUUGUAUUUUUCUAAAUCUGUGUGUGUGUGUGUGUGCGCACGCGCGCGUCUGCGCGUGCAAUGUGGCUGCCAGUGAGGAAGAUGCAUAUCAGGAAAGAGUUCUUUCAGCUGCUGUUUUGAAGUAUUUCUUUCAAACAGGUCAAGGCAAGUUUGGGAGUUCAAGUAAAACAGGUGAUAUGAAAGUGUGAAAAUCCAUAAAGGUCUUCCUUUCAAUCUAUCUUUUCUUCUUUUAAGAGGAACAAUGUUAGGUUCUGAUAUUAUAAUAGCUUAAUCUCAAAUAUAACCUAAAUAAAAUUAUACAUGCUACUUCUGGUUUUAGAAAUGCUUGCUAUCCAUCUGUAGGACAGACUGACCUGGGCACAAGGGAGAACUGUGGCCAAAACAAUUCCUCCUUGUACAGUUUAUUAUGUAUAAAUGUAGUUAAUGCCAUAUUUAGUCUGAUCUUUCAUGCAGCAGUAUAAAAUAGCUGCCUCUAUAGCUUCAGACUACAGAGAGGAGAUCUUCCAAAAGUAAUUUAAUCCAAGAUUUUUUUUUAAAAAAGCAUCCUAUAAACAAAGAAAAAAGUAACUGUCAAGGGGAUAAGUUCUUUUCACUUUGCAUGCUUCUAAUAUAAAACAAUGUUUCUGAAACUUGGCAAAUUUUAAGAUAUAUAGACUUCAACCCCCAGCCAUGUUUGAGGAACACAGAUGUAAAUGAGUAUUCAGAAAUGAUUCCUGAUAUAAUUUCUUUCUGAGCAGUGUUUUCCCCCCCAAUCUCAUUAUGCAGUCAAGUCAUCCCCUUACAUGUAUAGACCAAGAGACAUGACACAUGGUGGCAAAAAUGUAAUAUAGUCUUCCUGAACAUAAUGCAAACUAUCUGUUUUUAAAUGGUCAAUCCCAGGCUUGGAACUGUGGAGAAAUCAGUAUUAAACAUACCGGGAAACUUUAAUUUAUUCAGCAAAAUGAUCAGAAAUCUCAUUUGAAGGUGGUAUGCUCAUUCAUGGAAGUUACAGAAAUAUCUGCUUUUAGCAUUAGAAGGUUUGGUGCUGUGUAAACGAAUGUUAUUUGUCUUUUCUAUGUCCAAAUGUAUUCUUAUAAAGGUGGGAUUUUUAAAAAUAUUUCUACGUAUGGUCUC